AUGCAGAUCGAUGGUCAAUUUCAGAAGACGAAGAGAAAGGAAGUAUAUAUGAAGCUCGGCAUUGGAGGGGCAACGGCCAAAAUGAAGAUGAGCGCAGUGGAGAAUCGUGGGUUGGAUGCCUUGGAAUGUUGUAGGUGUGUGCCAUGGUGUUUCGUACAACUCGUCGACAGCUCCAAAUCUCAGCUUGACUUUCAAACAAUAGCACCGGUCAACGAGCAGGCCAUAUCAUAUCAAUAUUCCAAUUGA